AUGACCCUGGCUCAAAUCCUCUUCACCGUUUGCGUUUCAAUUCCAGAAUGCAUCCGCAACCCUAAUGCGCUGCACCGCGUGAAGCUGGGAGAGUUCGUGCGAGAUGACAAGUCGCUCCUGGAAGACGGUGGCAACCUGCACGCCAUAUGGAACGAAGCUGUCGAGACGCUCGCUGUGCUGACGGCGGGCAGCGUGAUACAUUUCUACGAUGUGCGCACCACGCCCAAGCCGCUGCGCCUGGUGUCGCCAGACUCACCGCCCUCUCUGCUCGCCCUCAAGUUCCGCUCCUCCACGCGCGUUCCUCUCUUCGGGGACAACAUGGUGUAUUCCCCCGCGCUGCGGCUGAUAGCGGUGGUGCUGGUGGAUGGGCGCGUGGUGCUGUGCUCUACAGGCGAGAGGGGGCUGAGGCCAGUGGAGGAGGUGACGCCUGAGAAGUGGGUGGGCGUGGUGGACGCUGCUACUGUGGCUGUCGGGGAGAGGCAGCAGCUGCUGGCCGUGGGUAGUAGACGUGGGACGGUUGAGCUGUUCGACCUUGCGAGGAGCUCUGCGCACCUGAGGACUGUGUCCUUGUUCGACUGGGGGUAUUCACUGGAGGACACGGGGGCAGUGGCGUGCAUAUGCUGGUCGCCAGACAACCUGGCGUUCGCAGUGGGAUGGAAACUGCGUGGGCUAGCCGUGUGGUCCGUGUCAGGCUGUCGCCUCAUGUGCACCAUUCGCCAGGGCUCCAUGAGCCUCCUCCCCCCCUCCUCCUCCUCCUCCUCUUCCACCACCACCGCCGGUAUCACCAGUCCCCGUAGCUCCGCCGCAGGCUCGGACCCAGCGUCCACGCCAGGCUCGGCAGCAGCCGGCGGGGCAGCAGGGUCGGCUACAGCCGCAGUGGUGAAGAGCAGUGAGCCAAUGGUGGGGGGUGUGGCGGCUGUAGCGUGGGGGGAGGAGGGGUAUCAGCUUGUAGCAGCGGAAGCAGGGAUGGUGGGGGAGGUGGCGGCGGGGGUGAGGGGGCGGCAGGCGGGGAGGCUGGUGCAGUUUGCGUUUGCGCGGCAGUGCUCGAGUAAGGCGGUGGCGGGGAGCUCGCAUGUGUGGCAGGCCAUGGCUGGCGCGGACCGGGUGCUGCUGGUGCAGAGUAAUGAGGAGGAAGAGUUAAGAGUGCAGCACCUUGUCAUCCCGCAAACGUACAUGGGGGUGAACUGGCCGGUGAGGCACGUGGCAGCGAGUGACGACGGGUCGUACCUGGCAGUGGCGGGGCGGCGGGGAGUCAUUCUUCACAACCUGCGGUCCAACAAGUGGCGCGUGUUCGGGGACGUCAUGCAGGAGCGCGCCGUCAAGUGCGAGGGGCUGCUGUGGGUCGGCAAGAUCAUCAUCGUGUGCAACCACAGAGUUGCCUCGCACUCCUACGAGCUCUGUCUGUAUCCGCGCUUCCACCUGGACGAGUCCUCUCUGCUGUGCCGCCAGCCCCUGCCAGCGCGGCCUAUAGCGCUGGACGCAUGGGGCGACUACAUCCUGGUCGCCACGCCCCCCUUUGACAUCAAAGUGUUUCACAUGCACGUGGACGGGGACGUGUCACCGCUGCACUUACCCACCGUGCAGCUGCGCACAGUGAGAGAGCUUUCCAUCAUGUCAGCGCGCAAGCCCCUCGUGUCCAUGCGCUUUGUGCCGCGCACAGGGGACGCAGACGCACAGGGGGACGCGGACAGGCCGGGGGAGGGCGCAGGGAACCCAUCCCGAGAGGCGGAAGGCCAAGGCGCCACCACCAGCAGCAGCGAGCAGAGAUUAUCCAAGGAAGGGGCGCAGCAGGGGGCCGCCAGGAGGGGAGCAGCGGUGCAGGGGCGGGAUACGGGGAAAUCCGGCAAGGGCAGCAUUGUUAAAGACCCUUUAGCGGAGGCAAUGAGAAGACAGCCCACCAAGUGCAUGCUGCUGCGCACGGAUGGGGAUCUGUCUCUUUUGGACCUGGACAGUGGCAGUGAGCGGGCGCUGGUGGCGGGGGUUGAGAACUUCUGGCUCACGCAGGGAGGGGAUGAGGCUGCUGCUGCGCUGAUCGAGGAGGUGCCCUGGUGGGCUUACGGCCACAGGGGAAUGCAGGUGUGGUACCCUUCACUAUACCACGAUGCAUCAGGCCAGCCAGCAGAGGUACAACAGCUGGACCCAGAGCUCGAUUUUGAUCGCGAGGUGUACCCACUGGGGGUGUCGCCGGCAGCGGGGGUGAUCGUGGGUGUGAGCCAGCGCUUGUCGCUCUCCUCCUGUGCCGAGAUGCCCUGCUUCGAGCCCACGCCCCAGGCACAACCGAUUCUGCCCUGCCUGCUGCGGCACUUGCUGCAGCGCAACAAGAUGGAGGAGGCGGUGCAGCUAGCGCACCUGUCUGCCACGCGACCGCACUUCUCCCACUCCCUCGAGUGGCUGCUCUUCACCAUCUUUGAUGCUGAGACGUCCAGCGCGAGCGCACGGAGGCGGCGCAAGGAGGGGAAGAAGGGGCCGAGUCUGCUGGACCGGGCGUGUGAGCUGAUCCGGCACUUUGGGGAGUACCGAGAUGUGGUGGUGAGCGUUGCCCGCAAGACCGACAGCCGCCACUGGCCUGACCUCUUUGCCUCUGCUGGCAAUUCCAACACGCUCUUUGAGGAGUGUUUCGAGAACAAGCAAUAUCGCACCGCCACGUGCUACAUCCUGGUGGUGGAGAAACUAGAAGGCCCAACAAUCGGUCAGCAAAGUGCCCUGCGGCUCUUGCAGGUGGCAUUGCAAGAGUCUAUGUACGACUUGGCAGGCGAGCUGGUGCGCUUCCUGCUGAGGUCGGGGAGGGAGUACAGCCAAGCAGAGCAGGAAGACGAGAGGGCGAGCGAGAGUCUGCUAAAGAGCUUCUUCUCCUUCGGCUUCACCUCCACAGCCCCCAAGGCGAGAGGUGAUGUGUUGCACACGACAGUGAAGCACAUUCUGGGGGAGAAGGCAACGGCACUCAUGAGCAGCAAGGAGCUCCGGCAGCUCGUGGCAUUCGUUAAAGGCACCCAGUUUGACUUCACUGAGUUUCUGCGGUCGGAUCGAGGCAGGUCCAUUCGCCUUGAAGACUUCCCCACUGCCCUUCGCACCAUCCGCUACAAGAUCGCUCUAGAGGGCAAUCUACAGAGCAGGCUGGAUGCAGAGUUCCUAUUGGCCCACGUGCGCACUGUGGGCUUCCAUGAGUGGACCGUCGUGCUCGCCACGCUGCUGCAGCGCUCCGAGGUGCUGGCAGAGCUAUUUCAGAACGACAUGAAGCUGUGGACCGCCUAUGUGAGAGCUCUCAAGGCACAACCAAAUGCAUCACAAUAUGACGAGCUUCUGGCAGCGGUUGAGAGAGACCUAACAGCCCAUUUGGGUCCUGAUAAUCCCGCUAUAUCGUCUUAUAGCCUCGCUUUGGGUCAUGCCACCUCUGCUCCAGCUAGGUGA